GACCAGGCUGCCCAGAGCCACAUCCAGCCUGGCUUGAACGCCUCCAGGGAUGGAGCAUCCACAGCCUCCUAGGCAACCUGACCUCGCAUUCGAGGCUGCGUGGCCGGGGGCAGCCCCAGCUGGGUGUAAAGAGUCAUAGGCGUGUCCUGCCGCGGGCAUCGUGGCAACCACAGCCCCGUCCUCCACCACUAUACGAGCCCUGCCCGUUCCACUUAGCACCACUGGGGAGGCUCCAGACCCCACUGCCUGCCUCCCUCUUCCAUAGAAUCACAGAAUUGCUGGGCUGGAGGGAACCUCAAAACCCACCCGGCCUCAACCCUGCCGAGUGCUGGCUGCCCCCACCGGAUCAGGCUCUGCAGGGCCUCAUCCCACCUGGCCCUGAGCACCUCCAGCUGCUCCAGUAGCGAAUUUCUUCCUAAAGUCUCGCCUAAGCCUCCUUUAGUUUAAUGCCAUUCCCUCUUGUCCUACUACACCAUGUAAAAAAGUCAGUUCCUCCUCCCCUCCUGCUUAUAAGCUCCGUUCAAGGACCUACCAACCCUCCCCCUUCCUCUCUCCCUUUCUCUCCACCCCCCGCGGUCAGAGCGGCCCCUUUAAGCGCGGCGCUGACGCCGGGGGCGGGCACAUCUGGCCAUACAUCUGGCUGCCUCGCACGCUGCCAGUGCCGGUACCGGUACCGCAUGGCUCCGACCGGCGUCCUGCGCAACCUGACGCUGGUCCUGGGAGCCGCCGUGGUGGUGCUGGGCUCUCUGCUCUUCAUCGCCUGGAAACUCUACUUCCGCGGCACCGAGCCCGCGGGCACCUGGGACAGCUGGGAGCUGCGGGAGCUGCAGGAGCGAGACCCGGCUGGUAGCACGGCGGUGUGGAAGCAGGUGCUGGUGCUGGGGCUGGAUGGCGCAGGGAAGAGCAGCGUCCUGCACUACAUCUGCAGCCAGAAGGCCAGGACACGCAUCCCACCCACACUGGGCUUCAAUUCUGCCCAGCUGCACGUCGGGGGGCUGGAGAUGGACCUGCUGGAGGUGGGUGGCAGCUACAACCUGCGGGCGUAUUGGCCGCUCUACCUGAGCGAUGCCCACGUGCUGGUGUUCGUGGUGGACUCGGUGGACAGGUCACGCCUGCUGACCGCACGCCAGGAGCUGCACACGCUGCUGGCUGAGGAGCCCCGGCUGCCGCUGGUUGUGCUGGCCAACAAACAGGAUAAGAGUGAUGCCCUAAGCACGGAGGAGCUGCGGGAGGAGCUGGCCCUGCACUUGCUCAGCGGGCAGCGGGAGCUCUUCCUCCUGCCCACCAGUGCGACGUGGGCUAGUCUGAGCACAGCCACCAGCAUCCUGCACGUGAAGAGCCUGCUGGUCACCCUGCUGUCCCAGCCCUGAGCGGACAGGCUGGCUCCCACUGGGAUGGAGGGAGCUGCUGGAGCUGGGACUGCGUCCUGCAAUGUUUGGGGUUGGGCUGACACAUGGCUGCACGCAGGAUGUGAGCAGUGGGCUCUGCUCUCUGCCACAGGGAGAAGGCAGAUGCAUCCCCCAGUUCAGGGCAGCAAAAGCACGGGGCAGAGCCCUGCACCUUACACAGCAGCCCCACAGAAUACUGAACAAAUGGGGCUGAACCCAGCUUGCUGUCCGGAUGGAAACCCAUAAGGUGGGCAUGAGGUGCAGAGCAGUGUGAAACCAUAAGGAAGCUCUUGGAAAGCUGAAGCAACCCUUCCCCUGCUGUUAUGGCAGCGGGGUCUGGAUUCACGAUGCCCCUGCCCCCUGCAGGGUACCCUGGAGCUGAUGUGGCUGAUGCAGCCCCCUUCCUGCUCACACAGGAAGAGAUGAGCCCACAGUGCUUACCCAGGGGAAGAAACAGCCCCUCUGCCUGCAGCAGAGUUCUUGGCUUUCCUGCGGAUGAAGGCCACGUGGGCUCUCCUUCCUGACAAACACACCAAGCCACGUGAUGCUGCCCUGUAGCCCAGGCUGGUCUGAUGCACAGCCAUAGGCAGGAGCCCCUCACCUGAGCUGGGCACAGCUUGCCCUUCCCCAAGCAAGGGGAUAUUUUAAGUAUUUAAAAGCCUGUUGAGCAGAGAUGAAAGCAGGUACCUGGCACCCUGCUCUGCUUCCCCUGCUUCAUCCUGAACAGGGGAUAUGAGUGUGCUGUUUGCUCUGCUGCCUGUUCCAUCCUUGUCUCAGGAGCUGCAGAAAGCCCUGUCUGCAGGAGAAAAGGCUACUUCAUCAGGACAAAGGACUGGGCCCUUGGAAACUGACAGGGGAAAUGGGGAAGCACUUGGGGUAAGGAAAUACAUGCCAGCUGGUCUCUGCUGUGAAACCUUUUAUACAGUUGCUCCUUCCUCUUAUGAAUAAAUGAGGCUGAUGACUCGGC